AUGCAAUCCGAGCCUGCUGCAGUUUCUGAGCGCACUUCUCCUACAGAUUCGCCCCCCAGAGAGUCUUUCCGCAAUACCCAGCAUGGACAUGUUCUCGAUGGCGACUAUCAAGUCUCUGGUCCUUCCCAUGAGGCCAGAGACUUCGAAGGCGUCUCUGACUCACUUCGCCUGUCGCCCUUGAACCAGGCGAAGACUGACGAUCCAGUCCCCGCAUCACCGGUUCUCGACCGUGUUAGUCAAGUAACUCCCUCGUCUACUCAGUCGCAUCUGUCGCUGGACGCAUUUCCAAAUGAGGUUUUAACGCACAUCCUCUCGCACCUGCCACCGCCGGCACUGUCAUCUAUGGCAUUGGUGUCGCGCCGGUUUCACACCCUCGUCACAACUCCCCAUGCCUGGAGAAUAGCAUUUUCGCGCUACUUUCCUGGACCUUAUGUCGCAGAAAAUGGCACUAGCCUAUCUGAGACUAACGCACCCGAGAGGGUCACCUCAGAUAAGCGCUUCUUUUCCCGCCUCACCGCGUUGGCGUCAUGGAGGUCUGAGUAUAUUCUACGGACCCGCUUGCUGAGGUCACUUGCCCGAGGCAAGCCGGCGCAGUUCGACCCUGCCAAAAAGAGUGGCACAGUUCGUUCUGUAAAUAUGCGCAAUGGCAGCGCAGUUGUCACGUACACUUCCCAGCUCUUGUACCCUGUCAGUCAUCUCGCGGCAUCUUUCGGGACCGAGGUGACCAAGAAGCAGCCUCUUUUCAUCCAUGGGGCAUCAGAGCAAGGCAUCGCAUCUGCCAGCGAUCCUUCCUCGGUCAAGGUUGGAACUUGGGGUUUGUCUGACCAUCAGCUGUUUCGCCAUUUCGCGGAUCUAUUCCCUGGUGAAGCGGAAUAUGGUCUUGGCUCUGGAAACAUGGUCGGCCUACCGAAUCGCAUGGACGUUAGCCAGCCUUACGGAAUGAUCUACGGCGAGGGAUGCCCUCAAGGACGCCCCUAUUUUAUCUCAACCAUGGAGCAACGCGGGCGAUUCUUGGGUCUCACUGAGUCCACCUCACAGCCACAGUUGGGCAUUCCUACUCUCAAUCUGAUCACGAAUGCGGUCACCGCUGUAUGGAUCGCCAAAUCCUCCAAUGUACUGAAAAUGACUGGGGGAUUGGUCGCAAUGAUGUCCGGUACCUCCUCCGGAGUCCUUACGGCCUACGCAAUCGGGCCUCAUCCCACGUAUGAACAGCGAUUCGAAAGAGGCCAGGUGACUGCCAGAUGGGUUCUCUGUCCGGGAGUUCCCAUCAUUGCGAUUGCGGUCGACAACGAUUAUUCUACCAAGCGUCACGCCCGUCGACGCAUCUGGGCAACCGUUCUUAAUGCCUUGGGUGAAGUUUUCUACCUUUCAGACAUGCCGCGCCAGCCUGAACCUCCGUCGGCUAAGAUGAGCCCUGAACAGGUUGAUACUCUGGCGUGGAAGACCGGCAGGAGUGUCCGUUGGGAGCUUUUGGAAUUGAGUCGCCGCACCGCUAGGCCCGACCCCUACAGUCGGGAACCGGUUGACGGCAGCUACAGCCCGAGGUCGUCGUCAGAUUCGAUGAAGCUUGAUGAGAAUCAGCUUAUUGCUGAGACCAAGGAGAUUGAGCAGUUCAUGUCAUUUAAACCGAAACACUUCCGGAAGGUUUGUGAGGGCUGGGACAUGAGACGCGAAAUGCAAGUCGACUUCGCUGGCGACGAUAGCCACGGAGCCGGUGAGUCCGUUAUCGUCAUUGCUCGUGGUGUAGGCGAAGAUGAGAAGGCCUCGAUUCGCAGAUACACUAGAAAAUUGACGAAGGUCGAAAUGCCAUCGUCGCAUUUCGGGACGUAUCAAGUUGGCGAAAGUAUGGCUUCCUCUCUAUUCGGUGGGCCUGUGGAAUUUCCGUCUCUAUCUUCAGCCGUCAAUACACCAAGCGUGCCACCUUCGCGAGCCUCCAGUCGUAUGGGUGAAACAGUUUGCUCCGCCGCAAAUACGGAAUGGCGUAUCUCAGAUUUUGUCUUCGGCGAUCACAAGUCGAUUGAAAUCACAACAAGCGCAUUGGACGUCUCGACAUAUGCUGUACUGACUCCUGACGAGGAUCCUCUCCUCGGAAUGUCCGGAAGCUCGACACUUUCCUCCGGUCUGUCGUCUCCAAUGCCGCACAUGAAGCAGCCCUCGGCAAAUUCAGAAAUUCCCGGCCAACGUGGGCGCUACAUGGCUGUUGGGACUGCUACCGGAGGGGUCUUUGUCUGGGAUAUGCGCGCUCCCACGGCGAAGAACUCGGAGAUUAUCAACUCCGUCAAUCCGAUCCGCAUCAUCCAAACUGACUCUCCUCAAGUGUCCUGUGUCGCUCUUACGUCACUGUACGUCGUGCACGGCGGCAAUGACGGGCUUGUACAAGCUUGGGAUCCUCUUGCAUCAUCUACUCGACCUGUCCGAACCAUCAAUUCGCGCUUUUCUUCCCGUGCACGUCGUCGACUAGUGCAGGCGGAGGCUUCCAUCCAGGGAGUUGGGAACAAUUUUUAUGCCAGUGGGGCCAUAUGCCUAGACCCCGAUCCUACGGUCUUAAGGGGAAUGGUUGCCCUAGGGUCCCACUUGCGCUACUGGUCCUACAGCUCCGGCGCUGCUGAUCAGUAUAAGACGAGCAAGCGUCGGUUCCGCCGCGGCCGUCGGGGCAGCAAUUCUACCCCCGAGGGUCAACGAUUCAACAGCAGCGGUCGAGGAGCUCUCCAAGACUUCAUCGAGGAUGAACAGGCGGAGAUGAAACGACAAGAAAAAGCCGAUCGCAAGGAAAAGGCGCACCUCAGCAACCGAUUCGGUAUCGAUCUGCUGGGGCCCGAUGUGGACGAAGAGCAGCUUCUCGCUUACGCCCAACUCCUGAGUGAGGAGGCCUUCGCUAGUGAAGCGCAGAAACGGGGCGAUAUCGUGCCCAGCUCCAUGGCUAGCUCCACCUCUAGUGACACUAUCGGGCGGAACGAUAGCUCAGUCGCCGCGGACGAAUUUUCAUCCUCUUCGUCUCCAUACGAGCAGCCUGUUGACGACGAAUUUGCUCCUGACAUCGCCGAAGCGAUUCGCUUGAGUCUUCUUGACGAGGGGCCUGGGUCGUUUGAGCAGUACCCUGACAUUCCCAUCAAGUACGCCAAGGGAUCUCAAUCGAGCUCUCACAGCUUCUCACCGGCAGAAGUCGUCGCUGGGAGCAGUCGCCAGCAAGAGAUGGAUGACCUGGAGCUUGCCAUCCAACUCAGUCUUGCCGAUAGCCAGCCGCAGGAGCAACCAGACGAGUUCCCAUCGCUUCCGUGGGGCGAAUCUGACAAGGGGAAGGGGAAGGGUCGAGCUUUGUAA